ACGUGCUGCGCUCGGCGCUGGGGGCGGGGCUGUGGGGGCUGGGCCUGGGGCUGUGGGUGGGGCUGUUCCAGACCCGCCGCGGCCAAUGGGGCGCCUUGGGCGACGCCCUCAGCUUCACCCAGCCAAUGGGAGAGCCCUGAGCCCGACACGCCCCCGCAGCGACCAAUGGCGGCGCAGAGAGGAGCGAUGACGUCAUCCCCGCCCUGCAGGAGCCCCGCCCCCUUUCCCAAAUAAAGGCCACGCCCAAAUAUG